GAGGGAGAGGGAGAGGAGAAAAUACCCAGACUAAAGCGAUUUACUUCUUGAUUAGGAACUUCAAAUAACCGGAUAUUUUCUUAUAAGUAUCAGUGUUACGCAGCGGCGCUAAUUGGAAGAGGAGGUAUAGAUAAGAGAAGUUUUGUAACUAAUAAGUCUUUUCAAGAUUAAUUAGUUAAUAUCUGAUUAAGGAAAUACCAUAUAAUGUUUUCCAACCUGUGUACCAUGGCCUUAUCCAAACUAUGGUUGUUAUAGGAAAGAUGUUUAAUUGACAAUACUCCGUAGUAUAUGAACUAUUCCAAGUAGGGCGAUCUUCUGGUCUACAUAGAUAUUGAUAUUGUCCAGUAUACGGUUGGUGAACUUUCUCAUUAUUUUCUUCAAUUAUGAAGAAGACGAAAAUAUUUAUACUUGUUCUGCUUACAUACAGUGCAAUCACACUGACGCUUUGGGUCAAAUGGAAUUCCACUAAAUUUUGUACAACGAACAUGAACACUCGUUCUAUAUUUCAAAAUCACAAACUUAGGAGCUAUGAAUCACAGAUAGAAUCGACAACACACAUUCUCAAAUUUGAUAAUAAAUCAUUGGAAUGUGCACCCCACAGAAAAAAAAAGGUAAAUUGCAAGCUUCUAUUUAGAGGAGAUUCUGAUUAUAUCAAUGAGGUUAACUUAAUGAAAGAAGAUAACAUGGAUUCCACUUGCAGCUUGAAGGAACUUGUAAAAAAUUGUACCAAGUUCCGUCAGUCACAUGGAUAUUUUAGCAAACCAGUUACCCCGAUGGAGCUCGAUUAUCCAAUCGCUUUUGCCAUUAAAAUACAUACAGCACCAAACCAAUUCGAAAGAUUAUUAAGAGCAAUCUAUUUGCCUCAUAAUGUUUAUUGUAUACACGUUGAUACGAAGGUUGAUAACAAUACAUUUGAACUGAUAAAAAAUAUCAGCACCUGUCUUCCGAACGUUGUACUUGCAGAGAAUCGAAUAAAUGUUGUAUAUGCUACUUUUAGGCAUUUACAAGCUGAACAAGAAUGCAUGAAAACAUGCACCAAAUCAAAUGUAAAAUGGAAAUACUACAUAAAUCUUACUGGUCAAGAAUUUCCUUUGAAGACAAACCUGGAAUUAAUUGAAAUUCUGAAGGUUUUCAAUGGAACUAACGAUAUUGAAGCAUACAAGCACCCCAAACACUUAGAUUGGCGUGUAAAAUAUAAAAUAAAACUCAAUGAGAAAUCAUCUACUUUAACAAAGGAAAGGAAAAUACCCUUGAAAUAUCAAAUGCAGUUGUAUAAAGGAAGUGCCUAUGGGAUGUUUUCACGAGAAUUUAUUGAAUUUAUCUUAGAGGAUGAUGUUGCAAAAACCAUUUUUAAUUGGAUGAAUGAUACAUAUUCACCAGAAGAAAAUAUCUGGUCAACUCUUAAUUCUCUAGAAUUUUCCCCUGGUGGCUCUAGUGGCAUUGAAAUUCGUCACGAUAAAAAUCAUCAUGCCUCAAAAGCUGUGAUAUGGAGCUGGGAUCCCGCUGAAUGUUUCGGUAAAUAUGUUCGUGGUAUAUGUAUUUAUAGUGUAGCAGAUCUUCCGUGGCUCAAUAGCCGUCCUGAAAUAGUAGCUAACAAAUUCUACGAAGAUACCGAUUCUAUAGUCUUAGACUGUUUAGAAGAAUCGUUAAGAAACAGAACGCUAAUCCAAAACGUUGAUCAGCUCAAUUGGUACUAUUAUCGUAAUCUUCCGCAUGUCAGGUAUAAUGCAAAACUAAAAACCAAUGAAAAAACAAAAGAAUUUCUGCUAAGCAAGAAAAGAAAAUGGCUUUUGCAACAAACGCAGUUACUUAAAACUGAGACAAAGAAACAGACUAUUAAAACAGAAAAAAAUUUAACAAUGAAUAACAGUUGAAAAAUAGUAUCAUUAUUAAAUAUAUAAUUCAAUCACAAACAACAACCACCAUCACAACCAACAACAGCAGCUACUACUACUACUACUACUACUACUAAUAAUAAUAAUAAUAAUAAUAAUAAUAAUAAUAGUAAUAGUAAUAAUAAUGAUAAUAAUAUUAAAAACAUUGAGGAGGGUAAAAGUGGUUUUAAGAAAUCGAAAAAUGUUUGGUAUGACAUAAAAGAAAACACUUAGCAGGUAAUAGUUUAGACAAAUUUUCCACUCUCUUUAAUCAUUGGUAACUUUGUAUAUGUG